AUGGCGGUGGAACUGGAUCGGUGUGUCAUCAACGACCGUGAGACUGGCAGAUCCAGGGGGUUCGGGUUCGUGACGUUCAAGGAUGAGCAGUCGAUGAGGGACGCUAUCGAGGGAAUGUACGGUGAGGAUCUUGACGGGCGCAACAUCACCGUCAACGAGGCCCAGUCCCGCGGAAGCGGUGGUGGCGGAGGCCGCGGGUUCUGCGGUGGUGGUGAUCGUGGUGAGGGUGGAUACGGUGGUGGUGGUGGAUAUGUUGACGAUGUUGAUCAUGGCGUUGAUGUCGCUGAUGUUGAUGUUGAUGAUGUCAAUCAUGGCGCUGAGGUUGAUGAUGUUGAUCAUAGCACCGAUGUUGAUAAUGUUGAUGAUAUUGAUGACGACUGCUGCCCUAUUUUCGUAAUUUCACAUUAUCAAAUUACCAAGUUUGUCCAUUAG